AUGUCAACAUCAACACCAACAUCAAAUACAACCACAACAACAACCUCAAAUUCAAAUAAAAAUGAUGUUCACACAGAAUCCAAUGGGAUAUUCACAUUGACAGAGUAUAAAACCCUAACUGUUAUAUGUGAUACAUUAUUCUCUGAUGAUUCUGAAAUUGCUUUAAAUGAAAUUGAAAACCUAUUACCAAAAAACUCAAAAAAUUCUGAUGAAAAUCAUAAAGAACAUCAAUUAAAUAUUUUAAAAGAAUAUUUUAAAAGAAAAUCAUCAGAUUUAGAUGUUGCAGGACAUUUUUUAAAAUUAAUUGUAGCAACUAAAAGUUCAAGUCAAAUUAGUGAUUUAAAAACAUUAUUAGGAUUAUUUUCAACAACAGGAGCAGGUAUAAUAUUGACAGGUCAAUUUAGUAGUUUUGUGAAUUUACCAUUAAAAAGUAGACAACAAGUUUUAACAAUGAUGAAAAGUUCAUCGAAUCCAAUUAGAAGACAAGCAUUUAAAGCCAUUGUACCAUUGGCAAUAUCGAUAUAUUAUUCAGUGAUUGGGGAUAGGGGUGAAACAAGUAAUCCCAAUUGGGAUGCCGUUGGAUAUGAUACACCUCCACCACCUGAACAAAUACCAGGUGAAGAGAAAUUAUCAUUUAUAAAAAUAACAUCGGAAACUUCAUUGAAAGCAGAUGUAGUUGUAAUUGGUUCAGGUGCUGGUGGUGGUGUAACCGCGGCAUUAUUAGCCGAGGCAGGUUAUAAAGUUAUAGUGUUGGAAAAGGGUAGUUACAUCUCCUCCAAUAAUAUGACAUGGAAAGAGAGUGAAGCAUUCCCAUUGCUUUAUGAACAAGCAGGUACUUUAACAUCGGAUGAUCUAUCAGUAAACAUUUUAGCAGGAAAUUGUUUAGGUGGUGGUACAACCGUUAAUUGGACAGCCUCAAUCAGAACACCCGAUAUAAUCUUGGAGGAAUGGAGAAAACAAUGUCCCAAUGCUUUCGAUUCAAUUAAAUUCAAUAAUGCUAUGGAUUCAGUUUCAUCAAGAUUAAAUGUAAAUACAAUCGAUACCGCACUAGAUGGUACUGGUGCACAUAAUAGAAACAAUAAAUUACUUGAACAAGCAUUACGUGAACUAGAUGCUGAUCCUCAACCAAUUCCAAGAAAUACUAAAAAUUGUGAUACCACUCAAUGUGGUAAUUGCUCAAUGGGUUGUAGAUCAAAAUCAAAACAAAGUUCAAUGGUAACUUAUUUAGAAGAUUGUUGUAGUAAAGGUGGUCAAAUAAUUACAAAUUGUCAAGCUGAAGAAAUUACAACAACAACAAUACCAACAAACUCAACAACAACUAAUGGUGGUGGUGGUCAAACAGUGCAUGGUGUAAUUGCAUAUGUUAGUACACCAGAUGGUUUAAAAUAUAGAGUUUUUAUUAAAUCACAUAUUGUAGUUUGUUCAGCUGGUGCAUUACAUACACCAACUUUAUUGUUAAAAAGUAGAAUUAAGAAUAGUAAUAUUGGUAACAAUUUAUAUCUUCAUCCAGUUGUACCAAUCAUUGGUGAACAUACACAACCAGUUGAGGUUUGGAAAGGCCCACCAAUGACUGUAAUUAGUAAAAAGUAUCAAAAAAUAUUACCAAACAGUGGGAAGAAUACAGGUUCAAUCUUGGAGACUCCCAACUCCCAUAUCGCACUAUCUGGUUCAAAUUGUGCAUUCAUGUGGGAUGAUUCAUUCAAUUUUAAGAAACGAAUGUUGAAAGCACGUUAUUACAGUGGAUUCAUUUCAAUUUGUAGAGAUACAGUACCUGGUAAAAUUAGAUUGGAUAAAGAUGGUAGAUCCCCUAAAAUUCAAUACACACUAUCGGAUCGUGAUUGGAAAUCAAUGUUACCAUCAAUUGAAGCAUCGUUAAGAGCAUUGAUAAAGAUUGGUGCAAUUGAAGCAUCUAUACCAAUUAGUGGCUUUAAACCUGGAAAUCAAGAUACAAUUGAACAGUAUAUUAAAGCAAUUAAAUCAAAUGGUUAUAAAUCUAAUCAAACCGUUAUACUUAGUGCUCAUCAAAUGGGUUCUUGUAGAAUGGGUUCAAGUAAAUCAAAUUCUGUCGUCAAUGAAAAUGGUGAAUCUUGGGAUGUUAAAAGAUUAUUCAUUGCCGAUGGUUCUGUAUUACCAAGUUCAGUUGGUGUUAACCCAAUGAUUACAAUUUAUGCAAUCUCUCAUAUAAUUGCAAAUCAAAUCAUUCAAUUAUAUCCACUUCCAAAUACUAAUAAUUUAAAUAGUAAUAAUAAUACUACUACUACUACAAAUAUUGGUAGUUCAACAACAAUAACCGCAAAUUUAAAUAAUGAUUCUCCAACUCAAAUUGCUUACGAAAGAGAUAAUUAA